AUGUCUUCCUUAGGGACGUCGCGCUGGCGGCGCAACAGGUCCAGUAUGAAUCUACUCAGUCAAACUCCACAGCCGGUGCAACCCCAGCCUUCCCUUGCACCUACACCAGCGCCAAAGCUUGAAAAAUCAUCUUCCAAAAUGUCACUGUUCAAUCUGUUCAGUCGACCAAAAGUAGAGAAGGCCAGAGGCCAUAUAGAAGUUGGUCUAGCAGUACCGAUGCAGCCACAGGAACCUCCGAAACCUCCCCCUUCCCCACCGAAAUCUUCUUUGCGACUUAACCCUACUCCUUCAGCCCAGCAAGUACACCGAGCGCGAUCAAGUGGAAUGUUACGGCCGACAUCGUUCCGUCCUUCUACGGCCACGAGUAACAGAGACAGUGGCUCCUGGGAGCCACCGCCUCUGUUUCAGGCCUAUCCUCGGUCAAUCAAACACGCCACCGUUCAAGCCUGUGUCUUUUCUCCUGAUAUUCUGCUCAGGACUCAAAGUCAAAGGAGGCAAUACGAAUUGGCGCGAGAACGGAACGAGAGUCAGCGUGAUCUAUCCGCAACAUUAGAAGGUAGCACGGAAGCAAAAAAGUUGGAAAAGAACCAUCGACGACUUAUAUCUAAUUCAAUCCUGCAUCCCCACACGCCUCAACUUACCGACAAAGUUUAUGUCCUGGACGAUGACUCCCACAUUUUACAGUAUGCCGGAGAUGGCCCGCUCGACCGACUUCCAGAGAAGGUUUUGAAGCUCGGCAAGGAGUCGGCAGCUUUCGCAUGCGAUCUUAUCCCCGGAAAGCAUUGGGUUCUACAAAUCUCACAAAGUGCCUCGGAGGAUGGAACAGUGGCAAUUGGGCCCAAGCACAACCUACUAUCCCGUCUACGUUUACAAUCCUCUAGCGUCAGGAGGGAAGCAACAAGUUUUCUAUUGGUACUGGACAGCGCCGAAGAGAUGGACUCAUGGAUGACAACUGUGCGCAAGCAGAUUGAUACCCUCGGCGGGGCGAAGGUCAAAGAGGAAACCAUUAGAGAAUCAUCGUCGAUUGAGGAAUCUCCGGAGGAACAUUCUGAGUCAGUCAGCACACCUGGACAACGCUACCUCACCCAUCGCAAUCCAAAUCGCAUGUCCAAGGCCAUUGACUCGCCCUUCCAGUCGCUACACUCAGAUUCACCAAGAAUCGUCGCCUCUGAUUGGGAAGGGAACAGGAGCGAGAAGACAAUCAGCAUUGCAGACACCACUAGCAUCCACUCUUCCGGACACAGUAUCAAGCGAAGGUCGGUUGAGGCAUCAUCAAUCGCCACGACAGUCAUAUCGCAUGAUCAACUGCAGCUCGAUCAAUUGCGGGAGCGGUCACGACUUUCCUAUGUUUCCGCUACCACGGGCACCUCAAUCUCUGUUGCUGGGACAAGGAACACGUCUCGCAAUUCUUCGCCGGCCCCGCAGUCACCUAAGGAAGGCAUUUCCCCUUCUGAAACGCCGCUCACGUCGCUCAGAUCGUUUCACAUGAUACCCAGCGGCGCCACUGCAACUCGCCGGAGAUCCAUGCAACCUCUCCCAGUAACCAAUGAAGACAGCUCUCUAUCCGCCGGAAUGCAUUCCGUCACUCCACAACGUCAUUCCAUAUACGGUCCUACAUCACCAACCUUAGAUUAUUCGGGGCACCCGUCUUCGAACGCAUCUAUCCCUGUAUCAACACACACUCCUGUGUCCACUUUCAACGCCCACGCACCCAAGGUGACUGCGACCGAUGAACAGUCGCAUGUCGUGCCCACAAGUGCCGCGAACUUUGUACGCCUCAGUGGCCAGGGUGCAGUGAGAUCCAGUGUUAGAAGUUCAAGUGCACCCGCUGCCAGGCAGACUUCAAUAUCACCACCCCCACGAGACCCUGCCCCACCACCAGGCCGACGACAAUCGACUUUGGGUGACCUUCCGUCUUCAGGCAAACGGAUGUCACAGGGCCAAAAGCCUUUCUUGCGGCCUCUACCUGUGCGAACCCAGAAUCAUGACGGGGCUGUCGUUGUUCCCCGACGUUAUUCAUCACUAUCACCCGCUCCGAUCCCUUUGGGCGUGGUAGUCAACAGAUCUGCGACCAACCCAGUCAAACCUCCAUCCGCGAUGCAUAGCUUUGCUCCUUCAGGUGUCAACAGAGCACCUUUAUCAUCUUCCCCAAUCAAUGAGCAAAGGACAGCAGCACCUUCGUCACAGCCGCUACGUCGCCCUGCGAGCGUUCAGAUUCGCUCGAACCCUGCGCCUUUCCUUUCCUCAUCACGGCCGGUAGGCGCUCCCGUACGCGCCAUAUCCAGCACCCCCUCUUUUGUCCCAGGCAAACGUGCCUCGGUGGCACCAGGACUUCGUGCCAGCCCAUCGAACCCGGCGCUUGGACUGCAGAAUGUCGAUACAGCGUCUCAGCGCGGCGUAGUGCCUCGCCGUUCGAUGCCCGCCAUGGCAUUCCCUCCGCCUGCGCCUCCGCCAAACAUGCCGUUACCACCACCACCGCCUGUCGCCCAAACCCGGCAUCAAAACCAACAACCUCCUCCUCACCCACCCCCCAAACCCACCCCAACCAUCGUCCCUCCCUCCCCUGCGCUCUCACAACCUCUCCUACCACCACCCCCUCCUCCUCUCCUCCCCCACCGCCAGCACAGCCCUGCUCUCAUGGUUCACCUCCAUCUCCACCUCGCGCUCCAUGCCGUGGCGGAAACCCUGGCUCGACCCGUCCGCGCCUGA